ACAGCAAUAGAGACCCAGAGUACCAGCUCAGAGGAGAUAGUGCCAAGCCCGCCCUCGCCUCCCCCGCCACCCCGCGUCUACAAGCCCUGCUUUGUGUGCCAGGACAAGUCCUCAGGGUACCACUAUGGUGUCAGCGCCUGUGAAGGUUGCAAGGGCUUCUUCCGAAGAAGCAUCCAGAAGAACAUGGUGUACACUUGUCACCGGGAGAAGAACUGCAUCAUCAACAAAGUCACCCGCAACCGCUGCCAGUACUGUCGGCUGCAGAAGUGCCUGGAAGUCGGGAUGUCCAAGGAGUCAGUGAGGAAUGACCGGAACAAGAAGAAAAAGGAUGAGAAGAAGCAGGAGUGCACAGAGAGCUACGUGCUGAGCGCAGACACAGAGCAGAUGAUCGACAGGGUUCGCAAGGCGCACCAGGAAACUUUCCCCUCUCUCUGCCAGCUGGGCAAAUACACUACGACUAACAGCUCAGAACGACGUGUAUCCUUGGACGUAGACCUGUGGGACAAGUUCAGUGAACUCUCCACCAAGUGCAUCAUAAAGACGGUGGAGUUCGCUAAGCAGCUGCCUGGCUUCACAACACUUACCAUCGCCGACCAGAUCACUCUGCUCAAAGCCGCCUGUCUGGACAUCCUGAUACUCCGGAUUUGUACGCGCUACACCCCAGAGCAAGACACCAUGACUUUCUCAGAUGGACUCACGUUAAACCGAACGCAGAUGCACAAUGCCGGCUUCGGUCCCCUCACCGACCUGGUUUUUGCCUUUGCCAACCAGCUCCUUCCUCUGGAGAUGGAUGAUGCAGAGACAGGGCUGCUCAGCGCCAUCUGUUUGCUUUGUGGAGAUCGUCAGGAUUUGGAACAGGCAGAGAAGGUUGACGUCCUGCAGGAGCCCCUUCUGGAGGCGUUGAAGAUUUACGUAAGGAGGAGGAGGCCCCACAAACCGCACAUGUUCCCCAAGAUGCUGAUGAAGAUCACUGAUCUGAGAAGCAUCAGUGCUAAAGGAGCUGAGCGUGUCAUCACCCUAAAGAUGGAGAUUCCCGGCUCCAUGCCCCCUCUCAUCCAGGAGAUGCUGGAGAACUCAGAAGGUCUGGAAAGCGGGGCUGCAGGCGGCCGACCCAGCGGUGCCCCCCCAGGCAGCUGCAGCCCCAGUCUGUCCCCUAGCUCUGCCCAAAGCAGUCCAGCCACACAAUCGCCGUAGUAGCGGCCCACCUUUUUAGUUUUUUCCUCACGAUGCUCUGUCUCCUCCCUCGACGUCCUAAAGAGGAGGGGCGAAGGAGGGGGGUGCCUUUACCCUGACUGCUGAACACAGGAGACUGGCAGAGCCAACCUCCUCCUCUCCAAUGACACAAACCCUCACCUCCUGAUCUGCUUUUCCUCACUCUGGAGCACAGUCCUGGCGUGACAGGGGGGUAAGGCCAGGUCAGGCCUGGGGAAACAGGAUGCCUCUGAGAGACCACACCGUAAACACUGCUGAUGACUCCUCCUCCUUCUCCCUUCACUCUAAUCUCCACUGCUGCUCCUCCCCUAUUCACCCAACAGACUGAUGGAAACAAAUCUGGAUGCAGGGGAGGCCAGUUUUGAAAGGAACCGAGAGUGGGUGAUGCACCGUGAGAUGACUAUAUGAACAAGGACAAUGCAUACAGACUGACUUGAGAAACACCAGACACUUUUUUGUUGUACUCUGAGGCAGACUGCAAGCUUGGGACUUGUCAAAAGACCCCCCUCCUCAAAGACUCUGGGUCUUUUCUCUUUUUCCAACUUCAAAAUAACAGAUUUCGUACAAAAGAUAUAUAAAUAUAUAUAGAAAAAAGUUAAGGAACUAUUGUGUUUGACAUGUCCAGAACAGAAUGGCAGGUUGAAAUGAGGAUAUGUUUUCUGAGAUUAGAAAUUGUUGUAUUCCUUCACUGUUUGAAUCUUUUCAUACCCAUCGAGAGUAUUGAGAGACGUUUCAGUUUUAUCACAUUUGUACAUUAUUCUAAUUAACAAAAAGCAAAAGAUGUUGAAAUUUCUCUCCAGUCUACACAUGCAAACACAAGCAAACAAACACACACACACACACACACACACACACAAAUGUGCACAGAAAACAAGUCGCAAUGAAUAUCACCUACUAUUCCAGGUUGGAUUUGUUUUCCUUUUUCCUUUUUUUUUGCUUCCAAGAGAAUGGGGGAAAAAAAUGAUUGUAUGAUAUGGUCACAGGUCCUUUCAAGAAAUCAAAUUAAUGAAGAUUCAUUAUUAAGGUGUAUUUUAAGUAGCCUUUGAGUUUGUGUAUAUAAGCUGUAUUCAUUUCUUUAAAACUAUGAAGAGUUUUAGGCUUCACCUGAUUAUUAUUUUUUUUUUUUUUUUUUUUUAAGAAUACCUUUUAUGUGUUUUGUUUAUAGGUCUGUGAUGCAAGAAAAGACAUUUUGAGCACAUUUUACUGAAGGAAGUUCUUUCAUGUUUUGUGUCCUACUAAAGACUGGACGACCCUUAACCAAUCACUGGCUGUUCAGAAUGUGGCUUUCACAAACAAUGUCAACCUUUCUCCCCCCGUUCCACUUUUUUUUUUUUUUUCAAUACAUACAGUAGAUAACAAAGUAGCACUCCAGUCGGGGCAUAGCUUUUUGGCCAUGUAGCAGAAAGAGAUGGUGUUUUCUGAAAAUGGUGAGCUAGAUGCCACUUGUAGCUUGCCGGGUUCAAGUGAGCCACAGCAGCUCGGCUUCAAGGAGAGUUAAAAUGUGAAGAAUGGUGUACAUACACACUGUAUUAAACACAAGUGAUUCUCAGUAGUCUCUGAAUGAAUCAAUCCGUAGUGGAUGGGAAAAGACUAGAUUGUAGUGACUCCUCUGCUCUGUCAGUGGUCAGGCAAUUGUAAGGUCCCAAAUAUGAUGUCUGUCAAAUCUUCCCCUGGCAACCUGUGGUAGAAACAAUUAUGUAACCUUUUUGCCGGAUCCAGAGCAACUUCGCACCCUGCAAUUCACUUUACACCAAAACGCCUUCACCGUUAACACACGUCAUCUAGACCAUCAUUACUGUACACAUGCCAAUGUCUCAGGAAGGAAUCAUUUUUUGUGCUUCACCUGUUCUUUGUAUGUUCUGUGCUGCACCUCCUAACCCUCCUGUCACACAAACACACACUUCUGCUACUGAGCCCCUGACUUUGUCUUCAGUCACUCAUUUUUGUUCGGCCUGGCACACCGGGACUCGUUCAUAGAGAAACUGACCCCGCAGCGUUACGACUUACGAUGCCAGUGUGGAGUCUCUCUUGAGUCGUUCAUGUGUUCUUUUUAUUUGUACAGACAAAGCUGCUUUCAUCAUUUUAGGACUUCACCUGUCCAGAACAGCGCACAAAUUUUCCCUCUGCAGCUAAUCUGGAAUAGCAACAGACACACCGUCAGUUUGAGAAGUAUGGAAUAUGUUGCAGUUUUGUCAAGAUUAUCAAGCGACUUUGGAAAAAAACAAAAACAAAAAAGAUCAAAAAUAAAACCAACAUUUAAUAAUUAUUAAA